AUGACCUUGCCGACAAAUGUAUCUGCUUGUGAAUUAAAGUAUCUGCAGCAACUAGACUUAAGCGGAAAUCAAUUCAAUGGUAGCUUGCCAUGGUGUCUAGCAAAUUUGACAUCCCUUAAACUAUUAGAUCUCUCUUAUAAUAAUUUUAUAGGAGAUGUUGCUUUAUCUCCUCUUAGGAGUUUAACAUCCCUUGAAUACCUAAACCUCUUUGGAAAUCUCUUUCAAAUCCCAAUCUCGCUCUCUCCAUUUUUCAACCAUUCAAAGCUCAAUUAUUUGGAUUGUCAAGAUAAUAAAAUAUAUGCCGCAAUGGAUGAUCAUAAUUUGACUCCAAAGUUUCAACUAGACAUUCUUAAAUUAUCUGGCUAUCGUUCAUAUGGUAGUGGAAAGCUUCCCGGCUUCCUCCAUCAUCAGUAUAACCUACAAGUAGUCGAUCUCUCACACAAUAGAAUUCAAGGGAAUUUUCCAAAGUGGUUGUUAGAGAAUAAUACAAAACUAGAGGAACUUCAUUUAGCCAAUAAUUCUCUUUCUGGGUCUUUUCAGUUACCUACUCAUUCUCUUUUGGAAAUAUCCCAAUGGAAUAGGAAAAAUGUCAGUGAUAACCAUCUCUUUGGAAAUAUCCCAAAAUGGAUAGGAAAUAUGUCUUCUCUUGAAAUUUUAGAUCUUUCACUCAAUAGUAUCUCUGGAAGCUUAUCAUCCAAUUUUUGCUCUAAUUCUUACCUAAGAGAAAUUCAUUUGUCAAAAAAUAAGCUGCAAGGAUCUCUCAGAAAUGUUUUUAGUGAUUGUUAUAGUUUGAUGGUGUUAGACUUAAGCCAUAAUAAGUUGAUAGGAAAAAUUCCAACAUGGAUUGUCAACAUUUCUAGGUUGAGCUAUAUUUUGUUAAGUCAUAAUAAUUUUAUUGGUGAACUUCCAAUUCAAUUAUGUGGGUUAAAAGAACUAAGCUUGAUCAAUUUUUCUCAUAAUAAUCUUUCUGGUCAUGUUCCCUCAUGUUUGACAUUGCGUAGUGAUUCGUCUAGAGAACUUGAAACUCAAUCUCCUGACCCACCACCUAUGCAACCUUUAGAAUUUACAAAUAAAAAUGCAACUUAUUCUUACCAACGGAAAACCCUCCAAUAUCUUUCAGGGAUUGAUUUCUCUUGUAACAAAUUUUCAGGAGAGAUUCCACCUGAAAUUGGAAAUCUUAGUGAAAUCCAAGUGUUGAAUUUGUCUUAUAACAUUUUGACUGGACCAAUUCCACAAACAUUUUCCAAUUUGAGGCAAAUUGAGAGUUUAGAUCUUUCUUACAAUAAUUUGGAAGGAAAAAUUCCCUCUCAACUUACUCAAUUAUAUUCUUUAACAGUUUUUAGUGUAGCACAUAACAAUUUAUCUGGCAAGACACCUGCGAGGGUUGGUCAAUUUGCAACAUUUGAAAAAGGCAGUUAUGAGGGAAAUUCUUUCCUCUGUGGAUUACCUCUUCCAAAGCCUUGCGAUGCAACCACAUCUCCGCCGUUGAUGCCAACAACUUCAACCGAUGAAAAAGAAGAAAAUGGCUUCAUCGACAUGGGUGUUUUCUAUGUGAGUUUUGUGGUGUCUUACAUCAUAAUAUUAUUGGGAAUAGUUGCAAUUUUGUAUAUAAAUCCAUAUUGGCGUCGAGUAUGGUUCUACUAUAUAGAAUUGACUACCACCAAUUGCUACUAUUUUUUUGUCGACAAUAUUUCUUUCUUGUCCAAGUUUGGAGUUUCAUAGUAUUGUGUCUUGUCAGAUACUAUUGAGUUUAUGCAUUCUCAAUAUUUCAUAAUUCAUGUUAUAACUCUUAUAAUGAAUAAUGAAUGUAAUAAAGUGAAUUAUCAGUUUUAAGUGUGUUAGAAAA